UAACAUACCUAAACGCUGUUUGCAACGCGCCAAUAAAUAACAAAAGAAGAAGUAGAGGGAGAAGCAGUAGAAGAAGAAGACGGCCGAGGCGAACAUUAUAUCCCAAAACUCGGGAGUAGGCAGAUGUAGUUGUUUAGCAUUGACUUAGGAUUUGAAUCAGGUUAAGCACCAUAAAAUACGACUGGUUAGGGUUAUAGAGGUUAGGUUCAAAGGUAAGGGGAAACAUAGCGUUAUCUUCGGUGAAAAUUGUUUCCUCAAGAGUCUCCUCCCGCGUUUUGGGAUCUAACGCAACAGCACUCAUUUCUUUCGGUUUCCCUGUUCACACUAUAGUUUGUUGAUUUGUCAAAUUCAACGAAAUGGAGUUGAUUGGUGGAAACAAGGUUCUCCCACAAAGGAAACGAGAGGAGGGAGUUGCAGAUCGCGGCGUGAAGAGGAGUGAAACAGAACCCAGCCGGUUGGAGUCUUGUUUGGAUCAACCCAUGGAUUCAAGUAGCAUCUAUGAAGUUAUCAAGUACAUACCCUCACCGCUACCAGCCAAACACUUUGAUGCAGACACCACUGAACCAAUCAGCAGUGGUCUACAGAGUUUAGACGAGCUACUGUCAUGGAAGAUAAGUGAGGCAAACCCAUUUAAUGUGGCAGUAGUCCCUCUGGCACCUCGAGAGCCUCCUCUGGCCAGUUGUCCACAUCGAACUUUGGUGUCUCAUGACAUGAUGGGCGGCUACAUAGAUGACAGGUUUGUCCAGGGGACAAGUACAGAAGCUCCGUAUGCCUUCUAUCACUGGCAGUACAUUGAUAUUUUCAAUUACUUCUCACACAACCUUGUGACUAUUCCUCCUGCUGUGUGGACCAGUGCUGCACAUAAACACGGUGUUGCUGUUAUCGGAACCUUUAUCACAGAGUGGACUGAUGGAGCCAGAUUGUGCGAGGCCUUCCUGAAGGAGGAAGAAUUGUACCGGGCGGUAGCUGAUAAACUCGUCCAGAUCAGCCACUAUUAUGGUUUUGAUGGCUGGCUCAUUAACAUAGAGAACGUCCUCAGUGAGGUUGCGGUGAAGAACACACUUUUAUUCCUGCGGUAUCUGACGGACCAGAUGCACGAGCGAGUCCCUGGCAGCUUGGUCCUCUGGUACGACAGCGUGAUUGAGAACGGACAACUAAAAUGGCAGAAUGAACUCAAUCAGUCCAACAGGGUGUUUUUUGAUUCCUGUGAUGGUUUCUUCACCAACUACAACUGGACAGAGCAGAACCUUGAGGUGAUGAGGGAAUACAGUGGGGCCCAAGGCCGCCAGGCUGACAUCUACAUUGGGGUGGACGUGUUUGCCCGAGGCGACGUGGUAGGAGGAAAGUUUGAAACCAAUAAGGCACUGGAACUCAUUCGGAAGCACAACUUCUCUGCAGCCAUCUUUGCUCCUGGCUGGGUGUACGAGACCCACAGUGAUAAGACAGAAUUCCGCAAGAAUCAGGACAAGUUCUGGGCUCUUCUGUCAGACUACCUGUACAUCCACCGGGCGGUCUCACCUCUGCCCUUCAUCUCCUCCUUCUGCCAGGGCUUCGGGAAGGCUAUCUACUGGAGAGGACAGCAAGAAACAAAGAGGAACUGGUUCAACCUGAGUGCCCAGGACAUCCAGCCCCUGUAUUACCAUGUGGAGCUGAAGGGUGGGGGCUGGCUGAGAAGCCGGGGUUGCCCAGAGGAUGCCUGGAAUGGAGGCUGCUCACUGCUGCUGGACGGACUCAUCCCUGUGUCUGCCACUUCUCCAGUUUGUGCAAAGAUCUUCUCCCUCCAUGUACCCCUGCCAUCCAAGACUCUGGUAAACCUCGUCUGUAAGCCGUCAGCUGGGAUUAUGGUCUCCCUGGAGCUGAAGACAACAGAUGCCAGUCUUGGCACACACAGGGACAGCCAGGAUGUCAAACUUACCAGUGUGACUCCUGAGGAGUUGGAUGAGGGGCACCAAUUGUUGAGCCGCUUCACUCAGCUAUGUGGAAACCUGAAUCCAGAUGGAUGGACUGUCAGGCGCUCGCAGCUGGAGCUGUCUGGCUGUGCUCUUAGAGAAAUUUGUGUCAACAUCCAGCGCAACGGAGAGCUACAGGACACACCGUUCAGCUGCAGGGUGGGAGAAGUUAUGCUUCUAGAUGUAGCCAGUCUGGACAUCCCCUCUGAAGUGGUUCGGGGCUUCUGCAUUUACGAUGUGGUGUGGAUGCGUGGUGCUGGUUCCCUACCAGAGUCCAGCUCUCCCAGACUGCUCCUUAGUGCAACCCUGCACUGGGACUACCCGACUGCGCUGAUACGCCACUUCAGGGUGUACUGGCGUCAGCUCAGGGGACCUAAUCCCCGAAUCCCUCCAGGACAUCUGGUUCUGGUGGGACAGGCGUAUUCUAAUCUGUUUAGGGUAACGGAGUUGGCAGUGCCAGAGCCCCCUGGCCUACUGGAGCUGGUGGUGGAGCCAGUGAUCAGGAAGGGCUUCCUGGUCCCUGAGAGAGACUGGGGAAGAAGAAGCCUCAGCUACACAGAGGACUUCACACAGUGACCAUAUAUAUAUAUAUAGCGCUUUCUCACAGUGUGUUGCACUGGCCAGAGCGCUUUACAGGGAGAUCAUACCACCA